UGUCCUCCAGAGCAGUUUGGGGAGGGAGGGGUGCCGAGCGGCCGGCUUCUCGGCUGCCGGUAACUGCUUUCCUCUGCCUUCCCGUGGCACGUCGCCUCAGGGUACUCGCCCGUUCCCGCGGUGAGAGCCCGUCGUUGUCCCCGCAGCCGCUGGCGCGCCUUUCACCCCAGCUGCUCCUUGUCCCCCACCCCCCUCCGCCCCUUACCAAGUCCCACCGCGGAGAGCUGCAUUGGAGCAGCUGGGAAUAGACACCACACACACCCCCAUUUUCCCCCCAGCCGGCAGCCUUCCGUGUCGUGGGGUGCACCCUAUAUAGAGUUCGAUUGAUAACCUUACCUGGCACACAGGAAGGAGACUGGCCACAGGGAUGUGAGAGCCCUCCAGGGACAGAAGAGUUAAUCUACAUGAACCUAUAAUCUGAAUGCUACUUCAGUUGUGAAAUACCAAAAGGGUACUGUAACGAAAUCUUUCAAGAAUGUACCAGGUAGUAGACCUUGAGGCACUGAUGUAUUUGAAUAAGCAACUCAGCUGAUGGCAGAAUGAAGGUGAAAGGAAGAGAUUUGUUUCAGCAGAGUUAGCUCUCAGCAGAAAGCGUAUUUCCAGUUGACAUUGCACUGAGUUUGCAGAAAGGCAAUAAAGCUCCAGCUUGUUUGGAAUACUGCAGUGCAAAACAAACCUCUGCUACUGUUGCAAUACUAGGACAAAACUGGUAUAAUUCAUUAAUAAUAAUUAUUAUUUGUGAAUUGAUUUUAAUUUAUGUUGUACUGCUACAAUAGUAGUUAAUAAGAAAUGCAGGUUUCAAUAUUAAUCUGUAAAAGAAAAGAACAUGGCAUACUGCUCUGAAAUUUUGUAGGGAUCUCUUUAAAUAACAGGAGAUAAAUCCUGAAAGUUCUUUUAAAAAGUGCAUUGAACAAGGUUUUUACAAAAAUGUGUUUAUAAGUCAUUUUUUAUAACGUAGCUGCAGCCAAAGGAUUAUCGAGUGGUCUCACGUCAUGCUGACUCACAACAUGGGGCAUCAUUUAAUGGCAUGUCAAGCAACGAUUCCAAGAAGCUUGAGGCCGUUUCCCUACAUUUGUGGCAACAGGAUGUUGUCAGGUUACAAACCUAAAAGCAACAUCAAGGACUCUUACAAAAUUCUCGAGCUUGAGGAAGGAUGUUCCCUUGAUGACAUCAGAAACUCCUAUCGAAGUCUUGCCAAAAAGUACCAUCCAGAUAGUGGUUCUGCCACAGCCGAUUCCGAAGCAUUUAUGAAAGUGGAAGAAGCCUACAGGGUCGUGCUCAGCCAUGCGGCAGCCAAAAAGAAGUCAAACCAGGGUGGAGAAGAGGAAGAAGAUCAAUUCAAAUCCAAAGCACCACAGCAUAGGCACUACUUGAGUUUUGAAGGCGUGGGUUUUGGAACACCAAGCCAGAGAGAAAAGCAGUACAUGCAGUUUCGAGUGGACCGUGCUACGGAGCAAGUGCUGGAGUACCGGAAGCAGAGGCUUGAAAGCCAGUAUGCUGUGACUGACCUAAUGAAAGCCAAAGAUGUGAGGGAGAGCAAAAAGGUGAAGAUAACUCAGGCGGUUGAACGGUUGGUUGAGGACCUCAUCCAGGAAUCGAUGGCGAAGGGAGACUUUGACAACCUCAGUGGCAAAGGAAAACCUUUGCAGAAAUUUUCAGACUGUCCACAUAUAGACCCCAUGACUCACAACCUGAACAGGAUUCUGAUAGACAAUGGCUACCAGCCAGAGUGGAUCCUCCUGCAGAAGGAAAUACGGGAAACUAUCGAGCGGUUAAGGAAGAGCAUAGUGGCAUCUAGAAGUAAGCUUGGAGGGCCAAUGACACCAUAUAGGCAAAAGCAAUGGAACCGUAUUUGUGAGCAAUUUAUAGAAGAUAUCAGGAAAUUAAACAAAAGAAUUGACAACUUCAAUCUGGUUGUUCCUAUUCUGAGCAGGCAAAUGGUGCACUUCAGUGCAGAGAAAGAAAUUGUACGAGCAGAAAAGACGUACGAAGCUUUGAUGGAAAAGAGAGAGGCUUCUGAUUCGGACACAAAGGGAAAUGAAGAGGAAAAUGUUAAAAGGCUUGGGUGGAAGUCAUCUCUACUUAAGUGGUUCAACCCUACAUUGAAAUAAGAUAAUAAUAAUUCAUCUGUCCAAACUUUGAAUGCACUUUAUUAAUAGAAACUUACAAACACUAGAGAAAUUUCAGGUACACUGAAAAUGUAAAAUCCAGCUGUCCACUGUUAGACUGGUUAAAAGGAAUUGGGUUGUUUGAUGUGCACUAGCAGGUGUCUGCUUUAUCUGUGAAUAUUGUUAAGGAAAAAAUAAAUUCAAUUAACCUCUUGCAGCUCAUUUUGCUUAAAUCAAAAUUCAUACUUAACGCUUCAACAUAUAGUUUUGCAGCCUGUUAUCUCUUCAAAAGGUGAAGCAUAACAAAAACACAUUAAGGAGAAAGUGGAAGUGAAAAGUCUUGCUGUGCCCUGUUAGCUCGACCUUUAUCCUUUCUUAUUUAAAUUACUACAGCUCAUAAAUUGUUGACAGGUUUCAUGCAUUUUUUUAAAGCACAUUCAUCUCUUCAAGGUUAAAUUAAAUGGGAAUGAAGGAAGGGUUCUGGAUGACUGGAUUUGGACUGUACAUUCUGCAGAAGUCCCGUUUUUGGAUCUGGCUUUUAACACAGAAGAAGGUAGGCAAGUAAGGAAGACUGCCCAAAACUACCCUAGUCACAGGGCUUUUUGGAGGUAUUUAGGACACAGUUGUUGAUGGAAAAAUUCAUGUAUAAGUACAAAAUAAGGAGAGCAAUCUAAUCUUGGAGGAAAUGGCAGGA